GCAAACAAUCAAUCUUCCAUUGGAGGUAUUUUUAAAGUUACAUGGAGAUAGUACAUAAAAUUUUAUUAACUAGUCAUUGAUUUAUAAAUUAUCAUUUCAAAAAAUCACUGCUAAAUGGAAUCUAUUCAAGAAGCCAGGGAACGUUUACCCAUAUUUAAGGCUAAAGCGGAAAUUAUAGAAGCUGUUCAAAAGAGUAAAACGACAAUAUUUGUUGGAGAGACAGGUUGUGGUAAAACUACUCAAAUCCCGCAGUACCUGCUUGAAGCUGGAUUUGCAAAACACAAAUGUAUUGCUGUUACUCAGCCUAGGAGAGUAGCUGCUGUCACCAUUGCAACUCGAGUAGCUCAGGAAGUACAAACAGAGCUCGGGAGUAAGGUUGGGUAUAGCAUUCGAUUUGAAAAUGUUACUUCACCAGCAACAAAAAUAAAAUUUCUUACAGAUGGUAUGCUUUUGAGAGAAUCUGUUGAGGAACCUCUUUUACUAGAGUAUAGUGUUGUUAUCUUAGAUGAAGCACAUGAAAGGACAUUGAACAAUGACUUACUUUUAGGAAUUUCUAAGAAAGCCCAGAAAGUAAGACAAGAGCAGAGCAUGAUGCCAUUAAGGAUAAUUGUUAUGUCUGCUACUUUAGAUGCUCAACAUAUUGCCAAAUAUUUUAAUAAUGCUCCAAUGUAUGCUAUACAUGGGAGAGAUUAUAGUAUAUCAAUUUUAUAUCCAUCAAAGCCACAAGAAGAUCAUAUAAAUUCUGCAUUAAUUACUGUAUUUCAGAUUCAUCAGAAUGAAGAUGAUGGAGAUAUAUUAGUCUUUGCUACUGGCCAAGAAGAAAUAGAUUACUUAGUUUCUGAAACUAAACUAGCUGCAAUGGAAUUGCCAAUUGGAAUACCAAAGAUUCAUGCUUUAGGUCUUUAUGCAGCACUACCUAGUGAUCAACAAAUAGAUGUAUUUAAACCUGCUCCAAAGGGUGCAAGGAAAGUUAUUUAUGCAACAAAUAUUGCUGAAACUUCAAUAACAAUUCCAAAUAUAAAAUACGUUAUUGAUACAGGAAAAGUAAAAGCCAAAUUUUUCAACUCUGUGUGUGGAUUUGAUGUUUUGAGAACACAAGCAAUAUCAAAAGCUCAAGCUGAGCAGAGAGCUGGUAGAGCUGGAAGAGAAUUUGAUGGUUACUGCUAUCGCUUGUAUACUAAAGAGCAAUAUAAGAAAUUUAAAGAUCAAACAGAACCAGAAAUUCGAAGAUGUUGCUUGUCCAGUGCAAUUCUUCAAAUGGUAGCAAUGGGGAUAUCAAAUAUUGCAGAGUUUGAUUUUAUUGACAAACCACCAAAGGAUAAUAUUGAGGCAUCUAUACUUUUACUGAAACAACUGAAUGCUGUUGUGGAUAAAGAUGGAAAUUUAGAAUUGACAGAAGAUGGGAAAAAGAUGGUUACAUUUCCUUUGGAUCCUAGGUUUUCUAAAAUGAUUAUAACUUCUUCCAAAUACAAGUGCACAAUUGAAAUUUUAACUAUUAUCUCCAUCCUUUGUGUUGAAUCAUUGUUUUAUUCCAAGUCAUCAGAGAGAGAAACAUUUAAUGAGGUGAAAAAGAAAUUUGAAGCUGUCGAAGGCGAUCAUAUUAUGCUUUUGAAUGUUUUUAGGCAAUUCAAAAAAUUUAAAGGAAAUCCAGGUUGGUGUGAAGAAAAUUACAUUAAUACUCGGAAUAUGAGAAAAGCAAUGCACAUUAGAGAACAAUUAAAAAGAUUGUGUGCACCUGCUGGCAUACCUUUAUGUUCAAAUUUAUGCACUAUGAAGAUCAGAAAAUGUUUGGCAUCUGGUCUUUUCAUGAAUGCAGCUCUUUUGCAUGAAAAGAAUACAUAUAAAACAGUAGAAGGUAACCAAGAAGUUAAAAUCCACCCAUCAUCUUGCUUAUUUAAAAAAACCAACCUUUCCUGUGUUAUAUAUACUGAAUUAGUAUUAACAUCAAGUGUCUAUAUGAGAUAUGUAACAUAUAUACCUGAAGAAAUGCUGGUAUCUGUUAAUCAAAAGUAUUUCAAAGAAAAACCUUGUCGUUUGUCUACAACAAAACCUCAAAUUUUUGCCAAUAAUCAUUAAAUCAUUGUUAAUUUUUUAAUUACCGACAAUGUUGAUACUCUAGAUGGAAUCAAAUGAAAAUUGAACUGUUAAUCCUUCUUGUUUUGAAAUUAAAUGAUAUAAUUUUUUUUUUCAUUUAAGAGAUAUUUUAAUAGAUGUAUUUUUGAAAAUCAUGUAUUCUACAACAGAUAUUUUAAAAGCAUUUUAAUAUUUCUGGCUUUACUUUUUAAUGC